AUGAAUCAAGAGAACAAUGAAAAAAAAGUUGACACAGGAAAGAGAACUGGUAUUUGGGAUGCGUUGAAAAGUUCCUCGAGUGUCGAUUUGGAUGUUGUAAAGGAGUUAGUAAAAAAUGGAGCUGAUGUAAACUGUACUAAUGAAUUCGGUGAAACUGUGCUCUUUCUUGCUGUAAGAUCUGGUCUUGUGGAAGUCACAAAAUAUUUAGUUGAUCAAGGCGCUGAUGUUAAUUGGAAAAGUAAUUUUAGUUCAUUACCUCUCCACUAUGCUAAAAAAUCUCGCUCAUUAGUUAUUCGCCAGUAUAGGAACGAUGACAAGCCACUUCUAUACUUAGUGGAACAUGAUCAUGGUGCUAAUGCCAGUUGGAAAGAUAAAGAUGACCUGCCACUUCUCUACCAUGCUGUACAAUCUCGCUCAGUAGACAUUGUCAAAUAUUUAGUAGAACAUGGUGCUGAUUUAAAUCAGAAAGAUGAGUAUGACCGUCCACUUCUCUACUGGGCUGUACAAGAUCGCUCAUCAUUAGACAUUGUCAAAUAUUUAGUGGAACGUGGUGCUGAUGUCAGUUGGAAAGAUAAAAAUGGCCAGCCUCUUCUCUACUGGGCUGUACUAUAUGGCUCAUUAGACAUUGUCAAAUAUUUAGUAGAACAUGGUGCUGAUGUCAAUUCGAAAGAUGAAUCUGACAAGCCACUUCUCUACUGUGCUGUACGAUAUAAGGGCUCAUUAGACAUCGUCAAAUACUUAGUGGAACAUGGUGCUGAUGUCAAUUGGAAAGAUAAGAAUGAACGGUCACCUCUCCACUAUGCUGUACAAGAACAGUCAUUAGACAUUGUCAAAUAUUUAGUGGGAAAAGAUGCUGAUGUCAAUGGGAAAGAUAAAAAUGGCAUGCCACCUUUCCACUGGGCAGUAGUAAUUGGCUCAUUAGACAUUGUCAAAUAUUUAGUAGAACGUGGUGCUGAUGUCAGUUGGAAAGAUAAAAAUGGCCAGUCUCUUCUCUCCUGGGCUGUGAAAAAGGACUCAUCAGACAUUGUCAAAUCUUUAGUGGAACGUGGUGCUGAUGUCAAUUGGAAAGAUAAGAAUGACAAGCCACUUCUCCACUAUGCUGUAAAAUCUGGCUCAUCAGACAUUGUAAAAUAUUUAGUGGAACAUGGUGCUGAUGUCAACUGGAAAGAUAAGAAUAACCUGCCACUUCUCUACUGGGCUAUACAAUCUCGCUCAUUAGACAUUGUCAAAUAUUUAGUGGAACGUGGUGCUGAUGUCAGUUGGAAAGAUACAAAAGACCAGCCACUUCUCUACUAUGCUGUACUAAAUGACUCAUUAGACAUUGUCAAAUCCUUAGUGGAACAUGGUGCUAAUGUCAGUUGGAAAGAUAAGAAUGACCAGCCACUUAUCUACUGGGCUUUACGAUAUCACUCAUUAGACAUUGUCAAAUAUUUAGUGGAACACAAUGUUGAUGUCAAUUGGAAAGAUAAAAAUGACCAGCCACUUCUCUACAGGGCUGUAUUAAAAGACUCAUUAGACAUUGUCAAAGCUUUCGUGGAACAUGGUGCUGAUGUCAAUUGGAAAGAUAAGAAUGACAAGCCACUUCUCUACUGGGCUGAACGAUAUGGCUCAUUAGGCAUUGUCGAAUAUUUGAUAGCACAUGGUGCUGCUAAGGAUCUUCCCGAAUCCGAAAAAGAUAUAUAUUUGAACGCUAUUCGAAAACACGAAUAUGGUAAUUUAUUUGUUUCUUGCAAAACUAUAUAA